CGGUGAAAUCCGAUUUACACGGAAAUUUGGCUUACGCCGCCAGCAUAGGAACAGAACUUGCUGUCAAGGACUCCCUGUACAUGCAAAGUCAGUCUGGUCUUUUGUGGUUUGAAUAGGAUUUCCACUCUGGUCCAAUAUCGAGUGAUGAAUCAAAGCACGCGAUGCAGGACUUUAUGAUGCGUCACAAAGAGAAGCAAGAGAGAAUCUUUUUUUAUACUCCUGGGAGUUUAAAGGCUCAUAUUAAGCUUAGAGACCAUCAAACCUUUGAAAAUACUCUCCGUCUAGCCGUCAGAGUCAAAUGCAGACCGAACUCCGCAAAUCUUUCCCAAAAUUUACGUUUGUUGUCUUUUCAAAAACAAGUACAGUACAUGACAAUAUACCACGUACUUCUAGAUUUUUCACACAAAAAUGGAAUUUAUUGUGAUUGCAUGCCAUGAUUGAGAACUACAUAUGGAUGACAACUGACAGGGUGAGUUGCAUUCCGUUUACAUCACAUUGGUGUUUCAGUGAUUGGUUCUUUCAGAUUCAGCCAGUGCUUGUAUCACCAGACUUGACUUGCCAUGUAUCAUGUAAAUAGCGAAAGUUAAGCUAGCUUGCCAGGCUAUCACUUCUAGCCCCUCCUAAUCAAAACGGAUUGUAUGUCUAUUGCCAUCAAUGGCACCAAAUAUUUGUCUGGAUGGUUGUACUUAGAUAUCAAAUUAUUGUUUUAGAUGGGAAUUGUUUUAAAAAAUAUAAUAGGAAGGCAACAAUGUGACAAUUAUCCAUUGCACGCACAAUUUGUUAUCAAAUUGAUGAACUACGCUUCUGUCAGGCAUCUUCAAAGGUUACAGAGUCUUACAUUAUUUGAGUUAAAUUUGAUUGUAUUACAUUUAAUAUUUAAAAAAAUAAAAGAGAAUUGAAAUCAUAGCAUUAUUAAUCAGAUUAUGUUCCAUUUAGGAGGUUCCACUGUACACACGCACAGAUCAAACUGAGCACCAUUUUUCAACAUCUAGUCAAGGCUCUAGUUAAGGCUCCUAGAAGACAACCGUGUAGCAAAGCGGCAGCUAAAAAUGGUUGGCUACCCCUGCUUGAGGUCGUCCGCUUGGUUCCCACUUUUAAUUGCAUCAGUUUCGCAUGUCUGACAAUCAGAUUCAGAGCAGGGUACAAAGGUCCUGUCAAUUGGACACACAUGCAGAAGCAGCACAGGACUCCAAUCAGCCAGUGAUCAUGGGUUUAAAAUAAAAAUCAUUAAGAAAAAAAAAAAAAAAAACAGACUGGCAACAAAACAAAACAAAACAAAAAAGCAGCAGGCAUGCACUCCUGCCAAUGAAGCAAACUGGUCCCCAUCACACAUACCGCACCUUGCAUAGACCAGCUUGUAUGGAAUUUGCAGCAAAUUAUUUACAGCAUGUUGGUAUUUCUGCUCCAAGCUUGUACUCUGCUCAUGAUCUAAUUGUGUUUAAAUUCCAUCCAAGGCAGGUCAAAGGUGUAGUACUAUAUGCGACUGAAAUGUCAGUUCAUCUGUUGAUUUCACUCAAAAAUAAAUUGGGGUCAGGGUUGAAGCAAGGGGAAGCUGCACAUGGCCUUUUGCAUAAAUAAAAUAGGCCCACAAUGCUCAGCCAGAGAAGCAGUGCACCUCCACAAACCACAAACAGCUUGAACCAACGCAGGGCAUUGAGCACUAGGGGGCUACGCCGCCAUCAGUGCUCUUAAACAGACCAACUAGAGUCUGUAGGGGCGUAUUAGCUAGGGGUUCACAGCAUAGUUCAUUACCCGGCAUCAUCAUGUUUUACAAUAGGCCCCAUGCAAAAACCAUUGUUUAAGCACUGAUUGUUGCUUGAUCAAGUGAGAACAAUAUGUUGCAUUCACCAAGAAGUAAUAAUAGUAGUAAUUUAUUCAUCAAAACAAAUUGUAUCGAAAGCAAUGAUCAACUAAAGGAGGUAGUUUUUUUUUUAAAGCAUUUUUUACAUAGUAUAUUUGUAGAGUUUUUUGACAUAGAAAAUUCUCAAUAAUCAUGGCCUCGAUGAACAUAAAAUAAAGAUACUGUACUUGAAGUAGAUAUAUACUUUAUAUAGUAAUGUAUUAUAUUGUAUUAACAUUUUAAUGUCAUGCGCUACAUUUACCUGAGUAACAUUUUGAGAAAAAAUGCACUAAUAAGAGUUUUACCACACCAUACUUUUUACUUUACCAUGAGUAGAUUUGUGAAGAAGAAAAGUUACUUGUACUCCGUUACACUAUAGUCAUGACAUUUUUCCUCUACUGUAUAUUCUACAUAGUAGAUUUGACUUUAUUUUUCACGUGAAUGCUCACAUUGGCUCUACCACUUUCACAAUUGAGACGUCGCAACAAUAAUCACAGGACUCCAUUAUAACAAUGAAUCAUCCGUAACAAUACACUCACAUGACUACACGCAAGCUUGCACUCGGAACUCCUAUGAUUACACCAGCCUGUUCAAUCAAGUGGCGUAUUUAAGGCACCAUAAAAACUAACUAUUUCACUCGAGGAUUUCAACUUCUCUCCCAGUUAUUUUUUGGCACGGAAACCACGGAAAACUAGAAAUUUAUUGUUUUCAUUUCAUUGUACGAAAUAUUUUUCCUCUACUAGAGGGUACUCAUGCUCUUUGGCGGCUAAGGUUUCAUUUCUGCAGAUUUUACUAAUCGGAAUUAGAUUUUGUGUAUUUCUGCGUCUAAUAUGGUUAUGUUAUAGUACAGUAUUACAACAAUUCAUAUAGACGCCGUUGUCCUGAGAAUAAAAUAUAUAUUGCUUAAAAAAAUCUGAAAUUUUAAGCAGUUACUCACAAUGUUAUUUAUUACUUGAGUAUUCUUUUCACUGAAUAUGUUUUUACUUGCACUCGAGUAAAAAAAUGUUAUGUCUACUUUUACUUGAGAAAUGUUAAUUUGAAGUAACACUACUCUUACUUGACUUACUCUACCCACCUCUGCAACAGAACCUACAAAAGAAGGGCUGCACGUCUUAAUAUAGUCUAUAUUGUGUGCAAAAAAAAAGUUACUACAGAUUUGCUGCCAUGUUCUUUGUAACUUUAUCUAAUCUAAUGUGUUACUUGCAUGUAAGCACCACAUUGCCCCUUGGAUGCCAAGAAAGUUUUUGCCUUUUACAACCGUGGGUCCCCAAGAAAGUUUUUGCCUUUUACAACCGUGGGCCCCCGCAUAUUUGUGGUUCUGGAUUUACAAAUUAAUUCAUUUUCAGAUUUAUUUUUUACUUAUUCUGGAAUACUGUAAUAUACAGUAUAUUUAGAGUAUAAUAUGGUAAUAAAUAUUUAAAUGUAUUGCCAGCCCACAAAUGGAUUGGAUGCCUAUCACUGUCAAUGGCACUGAAUCCUGAGCUUUUACUUUUUAAAUGUAUAUUUCAGCGAAUAUGGUCACUGUAUUAUUAAUGAGAGUAAUCAUAAUGGAAAAAUGGAAUGAUUUGUUUUCUUUGAUGAAUCCAACUGGCAGUUCUCAUAGAGUUCUGUUAAUUAAAAAGAUGUUCAGGCUGAGGUUAUUUAUUCAAUGCACAAUUCUGCACAGCAAUUAUUGCCGAUUGAACUCGUCAAUUAAGGUUGUACCGCAAGGCACUGAAAUGAAAGUGGCAUUCAAAAAGGGAAAAACUGAUCGGGACGGGAGCAGGCACAAUACAAACACAAACCCGUGGGGACAACGGAGAAAGAGAAAAACUGUUCAGUUACCUUUCCCAACAUUCUUUUUGGUAGCUGACGAAGGAGAGGGAAUCAUAGGUAAUUUCAACUCAGCACGAUUUGACUCAGUCAGAAGGUAGUGGGACUUAUAGGCAUAUGAACUUAAUAUGGUGUCAGUAAGGUCUUGCACUAACAGCCCUACACAAGACACACAGGAAGAGACGGGGGUGAGCCGCAGUCAAACAAAAAAAAAAAAAAAAAAAAAAAAAGGAAAAAAGAAAAAACGUAAAUCAAAAAAAAAAAGAAAAAAGAAAAAAAAAAAAAAGAACAAACACAGUCUCUCACACAGGCUCACAACAAAAGUAAGAAACAUGUAAAACAGUUUGGCCAAACACAAAGCGGCCGGACAGUACAAUGGACUCUUUGUUUAAAAAAAAAAAAAAAAAAUCAUUGACAGUUCUUAAAAUCAACAUCUGGGACAUGUAAGAAUCUUUGUGCAAAAGUGCAAAGUAACAAGCUUGGCACUUUGUAGAAGAAAACAAACAACAAAUUACAGCUAGCAGCCCUGAUAGUCAUAUAAAAUGGAGCCAAAUAGGAAUCAGGCAAUGCAAAUAUCAAAAGUCCUAGUUCCACCGUGCAGUAGAGUUCAGUUCAGUGUACUAUUUAGCUGGGAAUGGUACCAAAAGGUGUAAUUGCCUUCUGUUACAAUGAGGUUGUAACAGAGGGCAGCAAUGCGCCUUAGCCACAAAAAGAAUGAGCGCGUAUGUUCGGUGCUGGUGCAGAGCUUUAACGUGCUUCCCAAGACCCUGUAUUGUUUUCGAUCAUCAAGUAGUCAAGUUGGAGCCACGUCACCGCGUCAUCAGAAAAUGACCAAACAUCAUUACAUGAGCUGUAAGCGAGAGUUGAACGUUAAUGGGGUGUUGAGUGAAAAAUCCAGAAAUGCAUCUGAUUUAUGUGUGCUGCACCACACAUGGGAAUAAAAGGUCUUGUUCCUGACGCCCGUCUCCACAUUAAGCAAGGGCAUGGGGGGCUCCUUGUUUGCAGGUAAACUCCAGCGCGUCGCUGCAGGCAAACGUGAUCAUGUACACCCGCGGUCAAAGGUCUUGAGACUCUUUCUCAUCCCAUUGAAUGAGUAAAUGUCUCGAAAUGUUCUCCGUGAGUUAAGAAAAGAAGCCAUCGCUGCCAGAUCACCACCAAGCACGACAUUUCUUAUGUUACGCCAUCGAUGCGUAGACGUCAUGACGACAAUACUGUGUGCAGUUCACCUGAGCUAAGCCCAGGAAAAUCCGCGUCGUCAAUAUAUCUCUGCCCCCUGAUGUAGUUAAUGCUUUGUUGGCCCUUGUCUAGCCCAGCAACGAGUUGGUUCCUGCUAAGCACCCAUUUUCAGCCCCUUGGGCCAGUACUUGGUUGAAAGAAACAGAAAUAACCGAUGCUAACGCUAGCACUAGCCCGGAAUGAAAACCAGCACCAGCUCUGUGGAAAAUGGUUGUUAAGAGAAUAAUCCUCAGGUAGUGUCUUUAAAUAAUAAUCAAUCUAUCCUUGUAUUAAAUUUACCGUUCGGGUCUGAUUUUAAACUACUGUGAUUGUGACUAAAAAUUGCAAGGUAAAGAUAGACAAGUUCAGGAUUUACUAUUGAAAUCCAUAGCACAGGUGACAACAACUGAACUGUACCACUUGGUGGAAACCUGGUUGAAAUAUGUACGUGAGGUUUACAACAAAACAAAAAAAGCUUGCCAAAAUGAGUCCAGAACAAAAAAACUACGACAAUGGAGGGCAACAAAGUUUUGUUUUACAUGUCGUAGUGCAAAUGAUAAUGUUGAUUUUUAAAAAGCAACGAUAACUUCCUCCACAACACCUUUUCAGGGUGGCCGCAAAAGUAUGUGUUUGUGUGUUAGUUUGAGUGUGAACUACGUGUAAGACAGGGGUCAGGGCUUACCUCUGGCGCACAGGAAACACCAGCCCACGUUGACUGGAGAAGUGAGGAGGCCAUUCUUCUUGGUACUGCCGUGGUUGCUGCAGAUCAUGAUAUGAUGUGUUAGGACGGCGCUCCCCGCCGCCACACAGCUGUCCCCAGUGUGAUACGCCACCGGGCAGCGUAUACAACGCAUCAGACGACCUGGAGAGAGGAAAGUAUAGAUUACAAGGAGUGCAUUGUGUGACAAAAUGAGUCAUUUAGACUGUUCGUAGUGAAGCAAGCAGCAAAAAAAAGCCCCAACACCAAACGCACACAUUCACUUGACACCAUGAAGUACAUUCAGACAACUCUACUUUCAUAUACUAUAUGAACCAGAGCGUGAACGGAUGAGUCGAUUAGUGCUGCAGUGAUUAAUCAAGUCGAGUAGUUCGAUUAGAAAAAAAUCUUCGAAUCAAAUUUGGCUGCUUCGAGGAUUCGUUUAGAGUGGUGUUGUAAUGGUUUGUUUUGAAAGUGUUUAUAUGUAGUUAUAUUGAUUUGGGUGGAUACCCUGCCCUCUAGUGGCAACAGUGAAUAUGAAACUAAAUCCAGCUGUUCCUUGUCAAGACCAACAUAAGGUAAGUUUUUGUAUGAGCUGAUAUUUCUUUAAUGCACUCGUAAUUCUGUACAUAGGAAUAUUUAGCAGUUUUUUGUGGGAAUAUUUUUGAACGAUUUGUUAAGCGCAUUGUAGAAAAAAAAACGUUAGCAUUUUAUAGCAUUUAAGCUUGCGGACUUUUACUAGGCAAGUUAGACAAUUGUUCUCUUGUACUUAGAUCCUCAGUUAUUAUUUUUUUUAAUAUCAUUUGAGGCUAAACUCAGUUAUUUUAUUUUUAAAUGAAAGUGCAAUCCUGCAGUUUAAAGAAACACUCUGGAAUUUUAUUUUCUAUUUGCGUUUAAUGCUCUUUUGAAAGUGCGAUCUUAGCAAGCCUUUGUUUUACAUCUCCUAAAAUUUAUUCUGCAAUAAUAAUCUAGUCUAAACAGAUUUUUCGAUUAUUCGAGCUAACUAGAUGAUUGAUUAAUCGAUUACUAAAAUAAUCGAUAGCUGCAGCCCUAGAGUCAAUGAAUCCGUCUUGGCUUUGGAGUAAACCAGUCCAUAGGUAAAAACUGUUUAGUACCAAUCUGCUGUUGAAAAAUAAUCUAUUAAUCUGUUGAUAAAUUUUUCGACUAACAUAUACUGUCAACAUAACAGAUGUUUGUUAAAAAAUGUUAUGGUCCAUAACUAGGGCUGUCAAAAUUAUCGCGUUAACGGGCAGUAAUUAAGUUUUAAUUAAUCACGUUAUAAUAUUUGACGCAUUUAACGCACAUGCCCCGCUCAAACAGAUUAAAAUGACAGCACAGUGUAAUGUCCACUUAUUACUUGUAGUUUUUGGUGUUUUGUCACCAAAUCCUGCAUUGUGUAAUUAUUGACAUCAACAAUGGCGAGCUACUAGUUUAUUUUUUGAUUGAAAAUUUUACACAUUAUAUUAAAACGAAAACAUUAAGAGGGGUUUUAAUAUAAAUUUUCUAUAACUUGUACUAACAUUUCUUUUAAGAACUACAAGUCUUUCUAUCUAUGGAUCGCUUUAACAGAAUGUUAAUGCCAUCUUUUUGAUUUAUUGCUAUAAUAAACAAAUACAGUACUUAUGUACCGUAUGUUGAAUGUAUAUAUCCAUCUUGUAUCUUAUCUUCCCAUUCCAACAAUAAUUUACAGAAAAAUAUGGCAUAUUUUAUAGAUGGUUUGAAUUGCGAUUAAUUACGAAUAAUUUUUAAGUUCUAAUUAACUCGAUUAAAAAUUUUAAUCGUUUGACAGCACUAUCAAUAACAUCAAAAAUGGCCAAAAUAAGUUGGGGUACAUAAAUGCACACUCAUGUCGGACUGACUAACGGUAUCGCUAACAUCAUAAAGCCUAAAGCAGAGAUCGUCACAAGGAAAUGUCACUCAAAGUCUAUCUACCAGUGUGACGUUGCCUACGUUUAGUUCAGUUGUGGUUAUUUUCUGUUUCUGUUGCACACUUUGGCAUUCGUGAUUUUUUCUCUCGUAAAGCAUUAGGAAUUUGCAAACUGACUGACACUUCUUAGCCACUCUACUUUACUCAUAGCACACAAAAAAAUCUGGGAAACGACUUGUUCACCUUUGCUGGCACGUUGCAGGUCUCGCUCCAGACAGCAGGUGGCGCAGCUGUGCUGAGGGCAACUGAAGCCUCCGCCAGUGAAGCUGGUAGUUCCUGGGAGCUUCUGAACACAAUCCUUAUGGUAGUAACAUCCGCAGCCAGUCGCAGAGCAACGUGUCACCUCCUUGCCUGCUUUCUUACAGCUGAAACACUCGUGUUUGCCUAAAAAAGGGUAAUAGAGAGACCAAGAAUGGAGAACGCAAGUGAACUUUCCUUCGGGUAGUGACGUCAGACCUAGACAGUCGAGGUGGAACUGCCUGUUGCAAUCACCUUCACACACCACCAAAUUUUCACCGUACACCUCACAAAUCUAUACAGUACAUAAAUGUCACAGAAAGCUACCAUCCUGACGAGACAAGCCAGAGUCCACAGACUGAGUGUCUGAGGCGUCUGCAUCUGCAGCUGCUGGACUAUCAAGACUCUUUCCAAAUAAACCCUGAAAGAGCCUUUGUCUACAACCUUACCUGUGGAUCAUUGAGGCCUCUAGAGUCAGAAUCUGACGUGUCUCUAUACUGAGACGAUGCCAUCUCCACGUCGGUGGAUGCUCUACUUCGCUUCUUUAGCGGUUUGCAGGCGUCAGAUAUCUCGCUGGCUCCUGAACAACGACAACAAGGGCAAUCAAUAAAAGAAUGCUUUUGUAUAAAAAGGUCAAGUAUAAAGAAGUGUGAACACAAACCCUUCUGGGAACCUGCCCUUGGUGCAGCCUCAGGGGCCAUCUCUGCCUGAAAUUAUAAGGGGAAACAAACUUUUCAGAGAAACUGAGGUUAGUUGAGGAAAACAUUAAAAAGGCAAAAGCAUUGUGUUGCAGAUUUAUUUUGCUCGUUUACACAAUGACAUUGAAAUUAUAUAUUUUUAAAAAUCUAAAUGACAUCUUUAGGCCACACCGUUGCCAAAACCAGUAUGUUCAUCUGACUUUGUACUCACAGUGGACAACAACACUGAUACCACUUUACCAGCUUUGAUAUGGAAGUAUCGCUAAAUAAACACAACUGACAUAAGCAUCAUUUCCAAAAACCUCUACUUUGAGAACCUCUUUUAAAGUGUCAACUUGUCAUGUAAAUAAAUGCCCAAGACUUUUGAUGUAUAACAGUGUAAACAGUGCUCUGUUUUGAUACCUGUUCUUUUUUGGUUUUCUUUUUUGGAAUGGGGUCAUUGCCUCGUUCAGACUCCGACCUGCUCCUGACUGACCGUCGCUGCAGCUUCCUCUCCUGAGAACCUGAAAAACCAUGAAAGCAUUUAGCUAUCUGGUUCCUUUGUGCCCUAAAGCAUCAAGUGAUCUACCCAUGCAAUGGCAGUCUUCAGCCACCAGGUGCUUUUUGCCGUUACAAGAUCCAGGGGAUCAUAUCUAUUAUCCAAGCGGCACAGCUCACUGUCUUCAGGAGCCUACCUCAACAUUGAACCUCCACGUAACAUCUCCUCAUCAGCGAAUCCACUCAGACACUCCCGCUACGGCCACCCCCGAUGUUACAGAGACAACUACCUGGGCUGCGGCCACAGCUCUGUCCUUCUUGCUCGCACUCUGCACAGUUCGGUUGUUUGGCGACAAGAUAUAAAAAAUGAAGAAAGUAAAAAAUCACCCCCAGCUCAGAAUUCACCAUCAGAUGAGAAAAAUGACACUGAAGCUGCUGUGGUCCAACCACAAUCGCCACCGCUUCCGCCACCCACCGCUACCACUGUACCCACGGUGCAGGAGAGGGCAGUGGUGAAGAAGGCACUGUAUCUCAGGAUUGUUGAUGAGCUGAAGCAUUACUACAAUGGUUUCCGGUUGCUUGGCAUCGACACAACGGUUGCUGGCAGGAUGGUUUGGAGUCUGCUGCAUGGACAAAUCCUUACCCGCAGGGAAAGGAGAAGGCUGAUGAGGACGUGUGCUGACCUCUUCCGUUUGGUGCCCUUCAUGGUAUUCAUCAUUGUCCCAUUCAUGGAGUUCCUCCUUCCUGUCUUCCUCAAGCUCUUCCCAGACAUGUUGCCCUCCACCUUCGAGACAGAGUCCAAAAAGGAGGAGAAGCAAAAGAAAGGCCUGGCUGCGAAGCUGGAACUUGCCAAGUUUCUCCAAGAGACCAUCGCAGAAAUGGCUCGUAGGAACAAGGCAUCGGCUCAGAGCGAGGAUGAGACGCAGCGCUUCUCUACAUAUGUUCAACAGGUGCGGGGCACUGGCGAGCAGCCCACAACCAAGGACAUUGUCCGCUUUUCAAAGCUGUUUGAGGACGAGCUGACGCUUGAGCACCUGGAGCGCCCCCAGCUGGUGGCCCUGUGCAAACUGCUGGAGCUGCAGCCCAUCGGCACAAACAACUUGUUGCGAUUUCAACUCAUGUUGCAACUCAGGACCAUCAAGUCAGAUGAUGAGAUGAUUGCCGCUGAGGGUGUAGCUGUGAUGAGCGUGUCAGAGCUCCAAGCAGCUUGUCGCAGCCGGGGAAUGAGAUCUCUCGGUCUUACCACGGAUCAACUCCGUCUUCAACUACAACAAUGGUUGGACCUACAUCUAAAGGAAAAUGUUCCUCCAUCCCUGCUGCUGCUCUCUAGAGCUAUGUACCUGACUGACCUCAAGCCUAAGGCCCCGGUCAUCCCGCCUGUGCCCAAACUUGAGAAAACCACUCCAGUGGAGAAUAACAGCACAAACAGGACCCCGGUCAGCUCCGAAGUGCUUUCUGACCCUGCACUCGUCAUCAAAGACCGACCGGCUGAGGAGAUAAGAAACAAGAAUUCUCCUGUCAUGCCCAACAAACCACUGACUGCUGCUGAAGUUCUCCAGGCUAAAGCAGCAACAGAAGUGUCCCAGAAGAGCAAGAUGAGUGCCAACGGUGUGUAAAUUUGUGUGCAAGCAUCUGGACUCAAAAGGAGAGGUGAAUGAAGGAAGCCCCCAGUCAUUAACAAGAACGCUGCGCUCAAUUAACAAUUUGUUUACAUCACUCUAGCUGCUAUUUAGGCGGCAUCGCUUAAUAACUGUAGAAGAAGUGAUGGUGCUGUGGAUUCCACCUUGUGCACUCCAUGAAACUCUCCUUCUUGAAAUUGGACUCAAUUUGUUCUAGAAACACAAUUCAAACCUCACAUUGCGCAGCAAGGCCUCUGCCACCGCAAGGACUCCCUUUUUCACAUGGACUCCUCCUGUAUAUGUGUAUAUAUUGUGCAUAUCGUCAUUUGUGUCAUCGAUUAUUGCAGCGGCUUUGUACAGUUUGCUAUGCAAACUCAUGAAACGAUUCAAGCUCAUAGUGUGAAAAAUUUCUUUGCCAACCAUUUGCCCCCAUGUGAUGAACACAGAAGCCGUCCACUUCUGGUAUUUUGUCCAUAAACUUGACAAGGUUGUGUUGGGGUAUUUUGCAGUUAUUAUUUAAAGACUGAUGCAGUUAGAGAGAGUUUACUCCUUUCACGCAGACAAGACUGAGGCAGUAUAAAAUGCCUUAUUUUAUUAGAAUAUGCUUCAAUCUAUUUUAACACUGUAACGCUUGGGUUUCAUGAAGCUGAAGAGAACAUACUUGAUGCUAUCUAUAAAGAAAUUCUAUUUGAGAGAGAUUUAAGCUACCAAUUUACAUAAAUGCAUUAUUUUUUUAAUGUGUAACCGUAUGACUGAUCCACCUACCUGUCCCAAUGUCUUGCGCUCUCAUAAAAAAAUAUUGUAAUGCAAAGUUGACCAUCUUGUGUACUGUAAUAAAUUAAUCAUACAGUUUUGGUUGA